UUUUUCCAGAUUUGCUCAAAAUUGUCCCUGCAAGUAUCCACGUUAGCGUCAUUCUCUUCUGUACAGUACUGCUCGUCUUUGCUCUGGUGGGAGCAGGUUUCUUCAUGUUCAACGCUUUCGGCAGCCCGUACGAAACUCUGCACGGCCCUGUCGGGUUGUACCUCUGGAGCUUCAUCGCAUGUUCCUGUGGUUGCCUCAUCAUGAUUCUCUUCUCUUCAGAGGUGAAAAUCCAUCACCUUUCGGAGAAAAUCGCUAAUUUCAGAGAGGGAAGUUUUACAUUCAAGACUCACAGUGAACAGUUUGCAAAUUCAUUCUGGAUCAUCCUGGUGUGCUCCCUGGUGCACUUCCUGAACGCCUUGUUGAUACGAGUGGCUGGAUUUGAAUUUCCCUUUUCAAAAUCAAAAGAUUCAGCGACAACCACUGGAGCAGUUGACCUGAUGUAUUAG